AAAACAUGUGAAAGUUGUAAAAACUAUUAAUUAGCUUAAAAACACAUAAAACAAGAUUUAAGUGUAUCAAUUGUGUGUAAUUCACAGAGUAAAAGUCAUAUUGAAUAAUAGUAGAACAAAGUGAACGAGUUAAGUGCUCCAAUUGAGUGUAAAAGGCUAAAAACAAAUAAAUAACAAAGAAAGAAAGUUUUUAUCAGAGAUAUUUUAAGCGUUUUCCAACAAUAACGUUAUAAUACAAUUAAGUCAAAAUAGUUGAAACAGCAUAAUGGAGUGCGAGAAACCAAAACAGCGUAGAAAGAAAAAAUCAAAAAGUCAUGAAUCAGACAGUUUAGAAUGUUCAUCAUCAUUAGACUCUUUUGAGGUCGAUUUAAAGGAACUGGAAGAUUUGUGUAUAGCAAUGAAACCCGAUUCUCCGAUUGAAACCUUAGAAGUAACGAAUGAGAUGAAUAAACAAGAAACGGAAGAGAACAUAAACUCAGAGACUGAACAAGAAGAAAGCAUAGAAUGUAUACAACCAAGUGCUCCAUUAGAGGACAUUUCAAAGCCAAAUAUAUUCUCAUCUCCUUUAGUGAACGAGAAUUUAUAUCCAGACUUAAAACUAGCUGAAGUUGCAACAGUUUCAUUUGAAAAAACAUUAUCACCAUCAAUAAUGAAGCCAUUCACACAACACCAGUUAGAAUCUCUUUAUAAAAUCAAUGAACUAGAUCAAGUAUAUAGAUUUGAAGAAGAAUUUGUUGAGAGAGAAUUGAAAGAUACGUCAUUGCAAGAACAUCCUUUAUACAUUUUAUUAAAGAAGUAUGCACGGUCUAGAUCUCGAUUUAUGAAAAAUACAAAUGAUGCUGAAUGUACUAUGCAGAAUUUGGAAGGUAAUUACAAGAAAAUAUGGAAAAUUGAACACAGGCAAGCAUCAAAUAAUGGCUUUUGUACUUGUGGUCGAGUUUUAUAUGCAUCCCAUAGCUAUAAAUUUGCACUAUUCUGUGAUGAUGCUUAUUCAGAAAUGGACCAAAGUAUGAGAAAUCUUCAAGUUAUGACAUCAAUCAAUCAUGUCAAAUUCUCACAAGAAUGUGCUCUAUUUCAUCGUCAAAUUGAACAAAUGAUUAAUGAAUUGAUAAAUGCUGACGUUUUUAAACACAUAUCGAACGAUUCACCUAUUGCACUCAAUCAACAAAUCGAAAAUUACGACUUGAGACUGAAAGUAACAGAUUUGCGAAUUUACGUAUCAAUUCUAUUCAAGUUCCUUCGAGAAAUGCCACAAGAAAAACAAUUAGAAUUGGAUAUACAGAAUUGGAUCAAGCAAUUAAUAUCAUUACAACUGAGAAUUGCUACAUGGGAAGAUCAUGUCUUUAUACUUUUUCAUAUCUUAAGAUGUGUGGACGGUGUUGGGAAUUGGGCAUCAAGUUUCGUUCAAAUUCCAUCAGUUGAAGAUGAAUCUUUUAAGUACGAACUACUUGGAUCACCAGAUAUCCAUCAUUGUAUAUCGAUACUUCAAAUUCUCUUAAUGCCAAUUCACAAACGACUCGUAUUCUUAGAAGAUCAUCUUAAAGAUGUAAUAUCGACAAAGAAUAAAAGUGAAAAAGAUUUGUGGAUAUUAGUCGAUUCUGAUGGCGAGGAAGGAAGCUCUUCAACUGAAGAUUGUAGUAAAUUAAGAGAAAGUGAUAUAGUAGCACUAUUUGAUCAAAUUCCAUGGGAAUUUGUUUUUAAAACUAUGUGCUUUGCUCAAAAAGUUGGAGAUUCAUAUGAAAUUGAUCUUGAAAAAGUUUCAUUUGGUCAUCAUGUUAUAAAAGUCAUAGCCUUUACAUCUAGAUUUUUAGCCAUUCUCAAAAUUGGUCUGUUUGACUUAACAGACCGCCAUAAGCAAUUUGCUAAAAGACUGGGAAAAUUAAUCAAAGAAACAUUGUUUUAUCUUCGUGACAUAAUCAGAAUAUACCAAAAAUCGUCAUCUUACAAAGAUCCUGAAGAAUAUCAAAGAAUUCAAGUUGAAUAUGAUGAAUUAUUAAUCCGAUCAGCUUGCUUUAUUUAUGAGAUUAAGAAAUUAAGUCUGUUCCAAUAUUUGGCUGAUUUUCCUUAUGAACUUGUAACUACUAAAGCUCUUUGGAAUCUCUAUUACUGUCUUCAUAGCGGUGAUUUCAAGCCUCGAUAUGCAGACUCAUCACCCUUGAAAUUUGACAACGAAUUCAUCAACAAAUUCAACCACGAUAUCGCAAUGGAUGAUUUGUUCUUCCUGCUGCAUACAUUCGCAAAAAUGUCAGAAGGUAAAGGAAAAGAAGAUUUGGAAUUUCUGAACUUUAUUUGUCGUGAUUUAAUUCAUAUUGGAUUUAUCAAUGAAUACACAAAAGAUUUUUGCUAUAAUACUGUCAAGGAUUUAGUCGCAGACAUAACGAAUAAGUUUCCAGAAAUUGUUGGUGAUAUAAUUCAUUUUAUUAAGAAUAAUUUGGCUAGCAUCGGUUCCUUAAAUACUUAUAUAUUGAAGUCACUUCCAAUUCAUAAAUGGAAACCAACACAAAAAGAUUUGGAACUAUUUUCAUCUUGGCUAUUAAACUACGAUUUUGACACUGUCGAAAGCUCAACAGCACGUUUUAUUAUUGCAUCAAUUAAUUGGAAUUUUGAUCACGAAAAUCAACUCUUUCUUCCGCACGAAAUUCAUGUUCGAAUGGCUCAUUUGAUAUGUGAAGUAUAUUUAAAGUAUGUCGGUGAAUCCAUCAAAAGUGAUUUCAAUGAGACCAAAUUUUUAGGAAAAGUAACAAAAAACUCGUCAAAGAAGGAUAAGUUUUCAGUCUGGUGCUGGUCAAUGAUUUCAUUAUUGAGAUUACAUCAAAUCGACAUAAAUCCUAGUGCUGUGAUUAAAAAUCCAAAUACUCUAAAUCUCAUACCAGAAUUUGAAGAACUGAAUGUUGUGUAUCAAGGUGCAAAUGAUAAUAAACCAUUAGCAAUCUAUAUCUCAUUCCUAAUUUCUAAAUAUGGUCAUUCUGUGCCGCAAAUUUGUCAUCGUGGAUUUGAGCAACUUAAACAAUUGUUGAUAGACCAUCGAUAUCCAAAAGUAAUUCGUUGCUUGGAACUAAUUGUUCCACUUUUUAUGGAAUGCGUUCAAAGCUUGUUUCAAUGUGAAACUUAUGUGAAUAUCUUAGAGACCUUAAUUAAGGCUGAUAAGACAAAUGGAAUUGUGUCAAAGGAUAAAAAUGACAACAAAGUCACAAUUUUAAAACUUUUCGGAAAUAUGAUUUUAAAUCAAUUAAAUUCGUAUCAGAAAUAUGGAUGGACUUCACCACAUGAUAUAACUUAUUUGUGGAUUAACUCUAUUUUAAAGAUUAAGAAUUGGCACAAAGAUGAGAGAAUGCUUUGGAUACUCGAAUUAAUUUGUCAAUUUUCAUAUCCAUUUAGUGACACAUUACAUAUGGUUAAGGAAGUCCUUAGAUCACAUGUUCAGACUAUUGCUGUAACAAAAGUACCAAAAUCAUCAGGCUUAUUGAGUUUAGUCAUGUCUGAGGAACUUGAUAUUUUAUAUUCUCCAGUCUUUGAAACUCCAAUUUUGUCACUUUUGAUUCUUGAAUGUGAGCAUGAAAAUAUUGAAGUAAAUACUGGAUAUUGGAAUGACUUGAUAUAUCAACUGUCUGUCCAAAAUGAUUCAACAUUAGAGAAUAUCCACAAAAGUGUUUUAAGUACGAAGCAAUUGACGUCAUUUCCAAUUCGAUCUUUGGUGAUUUACAAGCUUGCUAAAUUGAUCUGUAAAUGCUCGACAAAUAAUUUUAUAUAUCCAAUAAUUUGUCAACAGUUCUUUACACUUUAUUUUUCACGAGUCUUUAUUGACAUUUCGAAUGACUCGCGAGCAGUUCAAGAGAAAUUUUACGAUUUGGACAUAGCUUUAAUGAAGAAGCUUAAGAGGAAGUUGGAAGAGUCUGAAAAAUAUCAUAGUGACAUUGCUACAAAUGAGUCAUCAGGCGAUACAUCACAAUUCCACACAAAUCUAUCAAAAAUAUUCAAAACAUUUUUGUUGUGGCUCGAAGAAAAUCAACUGAAUAGCAUGAUGCAGAAAAAUAUCAUUUUACCUCCUUUAUAUGAAGGACAGAAGCUUAAACUUAUAUUUCAAGGAAAUAGGACUCAUUGGACUGAAUAUAUUGAUAUAAUGGAAUUAAGAAGAGUUCAAAAAACAAAUUGUGAUUGGUGGCUGAAAUACUGCAUGCGAACAAACUUAGCAAUCACUUCAGAUGAUUUUAAUGAUGUAAAGGAAUGUGAUUCUAUCCAAGAAAUUGCAAACAAAAUGUGCGAACGUCUCAAAAGCUCUGGAAAGUUGACUAAACCACCACCAGAAUUCGUUAGGAAAUCAUUAUAUAUGGGAAAAAUUGAUCUAUCAAAGGAUACAUUAAAGCUUUUCAGGAAUGAGACAAAGCUUCUGAGAAAAUGUGCACACCAAUUCACAAUGACAGCGAAUGAGCACAAAGCAGUCGAUGCCGUUUAUCGUGACUCUGUUAGAUAUGCAUUCACGAAUGAGUCAACAUUUCGAAUGAAAUCAGUUCAAUGUUCUCGACCAACUGAAAACAGUUGCUCAGGAUUCAAGAUGAUGAAAGUAGAAUUUUCCGAAAUGAAGUCAAAUGACGCAAUCAGAAUGAAAUUAGAAGAUAAUCGAGAUUAUUUUAGAAAAUUGGUCGCAAAGGAACUAGGUGAGGCGGAUAUGAGGAUUACAGAUGCAAGCUUUUGUCUUCAAAAUAUUGUUCAGCAGUUGAUUCAAAUGUCUUACGACAGCACUAAGAGAGAGAAGGUUUUAAAAUUAAGCACAAGUCUGUUCUAUGAAUUAUUAGAUGACAUUGAUACUGAACUUCAGGAAUAUCCAAUAACAAAUGAGUUUUAUUCGAAUGCUGUUGCCAAACUUGGAUCUUUUAUUCAACAAAAUGACUCUAAUGAGAUGCUUAAGGUCCUAAAAUUAGUUCUUCAAAAGCCAAUAGCUAUCAACUUAUUUACUGACAUUUUUGCACCAUCCAUGUCAAGUCCAGCUAUAUUUAUAAGCUUGUACGAAUGCCUAGUCAAUCUGUAUGCAAAGAAUUAUGAGCCACAAAUUUUAUUCGUUCUUGUUUCUAAAUUUGACAUUCCAACUUGGCUUCAAGCUCAUCGACCAAAAUUAGUGGAAGUUAGUGAAUUGAUUAAAUUAAUUUUCCGUGGAUUAGAACUAUGGACUAUUGAAAAUUCAGAGCUUCUUCAAGACGUGCUUAGAUGUCAUUUAGUUCAUUUAUUCAUGUAUCGCUUCCCAGAACAUUAUGGAGAAAUUUUACAAUGUAUCUUGACUGAAUUUUCACAACAACGUCUACGUCCGUGCAUCUUACUUGACAUUUUAAAUGCUUUCUAUCAAAAAGUUGGAUGUAACAAAAUGGACACGGAAAUGUCAAUUGGAAGAAUGAAGGAUGAAAUGAGAAUUUUAGCAGCAAAACAAAAUCUUUUACAAUAUAAUGAGCUGCAUUCAACAGCUUUAAUGCUUAAUCACUAUUUCUAUAAUGAACGUCUUCAGCAUGGAUUGCAUGGGAACUACCCAAAGUUUGCUAAAUAUUGUGAUGUCUUAUCAAUCCUUUUUGGAACUAUCGGACAUUGUGUGAUUUCUGCAGCAAUAAAAGCUUUUCCAGAAGCAUCAGCUGACUAUUUAGUAAAUGAAUUGUAUCCAUGCAUAUCAAAUAUGUAUGCACCGAUGUUAGUUCCUUUAUAUUAUUCACAAACUGUUAAAGAUGGUCCAGCAAAUUGGAUACAACAAUUAUCGACCGGAAAUACAAUUUUACAACCUUGGUCGAAUGUGCAUACAGAGAAUGCUGAAAAAUUUAUUCGAACUUAUGCAAUGUGCAUUCAAUACAUGUUUGACAUGCUUCCAGGCAGUAAUUUGUUGAUUCAACAUUUAUUUACUUGGUAUAUUGAAUAUUUUGCUAAUAAAACGACACCGAAGCAUGUUUUGGCACCAAUUCAAUUGCUCCUGACUAAAUUGCCUUUUGAGCGAUUCCUUCCGACUUUGCAGCAUAUGGAAGGAUUCAAUCGUGUCUUGAUGGAUUUUGUUCCUGACUGUCACACGUUUCUUGGGAAUAUAUUUUUGAGAAUCUCAUGGACACAGUGGCUUUCAGUCCAAUUGCCAACAUUAGAUUACACAACAUCGCAAAGAACUAUGGCGAUUCUGUUAACAACAAUCAUAAAGUUAUCAUUUGAACCAAAAGUACGUGAAAGCAUAAGGAUACUUCAAUUGCUACAAGAUGCUGUAAAAUAUAAUUGGAUGAUUCUUGACUAUAAAGAUGUAGAAAAUGUCCUCGACUGGUUUGUUAUGUCUGCAGAACCUUCUGUUAUUUUGAAAAUUCCUUCAGAACACGAAACUGUCGACUUGAACAUCCAUAUGCUUUUACAAACUGUGUCAGGCAUGCGAUUAAGUCAAAAUCAAGCACAGAAUGUCCAACAAACCUAUUUAACAGCUAAACGUAUGGCUUAUGUCCGAUCUGUUGUUCGAUUACUUAAAAGUUGUGAUGCCAAACUUCAUCAAUUAAUCAUCACGGAAAAUGGAAAGCAAAUGAUAAAUGAAGCAUUCAUUGAGUUCCUAAAUUUAAUCGAUUCUGUUGUGACUGAUGAAAUGGAAGCUACAAAUCUUGUCGUUACAAUAACUGAUAACAUGUCAGUUCCAGAAAAUACAGCAAAUCUAUUUGUUGGUGGAAUUCAGGCAUGGCAAAAUGCUACUAAAAUAGGAAGUUUGACGCUUUGCUGCUUCAUUAAUGCAUUGAAAAUUCAGAAAUAUUGGACAUUGCAAAUGUUUCAAGUAUUGGAAUCGAGUCUUUUAAAUUAUAUGAGAAUGUCUGAAUCAGUUCCAAGUCACAAGCCAUCAUGGUUAAAUGCUCUCGAACGCUUACCAUUAAGAAUAAAUUAUGACCUCAAUGUCCUUAUUGAUCGUGAAUUAUACUUAUCAGUUCACUUCCUGUCAAUCACAAAAAUGUCUUCUAGCGUCAACGAUAAUGAUCGUCUGGAAUAUUUAAUUGAUCUGCAGACAAAGCUUUCGUCGCAAAAAACGACAGAACAAACUGAAGCUGGAUAUUGCUUAUUAUGGUGCUUCCUUUUGAUGAGUUAUGGAUAUGUUUUAAAAAGCUAUUGUAAUGCUGAGAAGCAGCUGAGGAUUGUUGCAAAAUAUCUUCAAGUAACUUACAGUCAAAAUGAAGGAUGGGGUGAUGGAUUGCUUGGUGCCAUUGGAUUAAAAAAGGAUCCACAAACUAAUGAGAAGAAAAUCUUGAUGCGCUGCUUUGCGUGUGGAGCUUUAGCUUUAAUUGGAACUAAUAUUGAAUUCGAAAGUGCUACAAAUGACCUGAAAACGUUCCUUAAUCAAAAGAAAUUUACCGAUAUUAAAAUGAAAGGUCUUCAAGCUAUAAGCUUAAUAGAGAAUAAGAGAGGAACAAUUUGUAUCGAUUUUAUCGAUGUCAUGAGUAAAGUUAUGCGAAUAUUUUACAGUGAUUCAUAUUUUAAUAAUAUAGAUAAAUUAUACUGUUGGUGAUAUGUCCUAAUCUUGUAUUGAUUCAAUUAAAUUGUGAUUAUUAAUAUCCAUAAAUAAAAGUUUAUUUCCAUCAUC